AUAAAAUUUCACUCCCAAAAAACUGUAGAACGUCAACUUCCUUCUUUCAUUUUCAUUUAUAGGUAUCACCAAUUCGAUUGUCUAAAAAUCCCAAAUUUCUUAUCUUUCAUCUCUAAACUUACUCAACCAUGGACCUUGAUAUGUCAUCAAUGGCGGAUGCAUUGGGUUUAUCACUACCGGUGCUCAUAUUUCUUCUAUGUUAUGUUGCAACAUUACCCAUCAGCUUUUUUUGGAGAUUUGUACCUAGAACUCUUCCUAAACAUAUCUAUUCCGCCUUAACUGGCAUUGUUCUCUGUUACCUUUCUUUUGGGCUUUCUUCUAAUCUCCAUUUUCUUAUUUCCAUCCUCAUUGGGUAUCUUUCUAUGCUCGUUUAUCGCCCUAAAUGCGGCCUCAUCACUUUCUUUGCUGCUUUUGGGUAUUUGAUUGGAUGCCAUGUUUACUACAUGAGCGGGGAUGCAUGGAAGGAGGGUGGAAUCGAUGCUACUGGUGCUUUGAUGGUCUUGACACUGAAAGUCAUCUCUUGUGCUAUAAAUUUUCAAGAUGGACUUUUGAAAGAUGAAGAUCUACGCGAAGCACAAAAAAAGAAUCGGUUGCUAAAAAUGCCCUCCUUUAUUGAAUAUGUUGCGUAUUGCCUCUGCUGUGGGAGUCAUUUUGCUGGACCUGUAUUUGAAAUGAAGGAUUACCUUGAUUGGACGGAAGGGAAAGGGCUCUGGAAGCCAACUGAGAAACAACCAUCACCUUGGGGUGCAGUAGCUAGGGCUCUUCUUCAAGCUGCGAUAUGCAUGGCUCUAUAUUUAUACUUGGUGCCAUAUUUCCCCUUGUCAACUUUCACCAACCCUUUGUAUGGGGAUUGGGGAUUCUUUAAAAAACUGAGCUAUCAGUACAUGUGUGGAUUUACAGCACGUUGGAAGUAUUAUUUCAUCUGGUCUAUCUCAGAAGCUUCCAUGAUUAUAUCUGGUUUUGGGUUUAGUGGAUGGACUGGUACUUCCCCGCCAAAGCCCAAGUGGGACCGUGCGAAAAACGUUGAUAUCUUGGGAGUUGAGUUGGCAAAGAGUGCUGUUCAGAUUCCACUAGUCUGGAAUAUACAAGUUAGCACCUGGCUCCGUCACUAUGUCUAUGAAAGACUAAUCCAGAAGGGCAAGAAGGCUGGUUUCUUUCAAUUGCUUGCCACUCAGACAGUCAGUGCUAUUUGGCAUGGAGUAUAUCCUGGUUACAUAAUUUUCUUUGUUCAGUCGGCUUUGAUGAUUGCUGGCUCAAGAGUUAUUUAUAGAUGGCAGCAGGCUAUGUCCUCAUCUCUUCUGCAAAAGAUAUUGACGUUUGUGAACUUUGCCUAUACACUGAUGGUUCUCAAUUAUUCAUCAGUUGGUUUCAUGGUACUCAGCUUGCAUGAAACCUUGACAGCAUACCGAAGCGUGUACUAUAUUGGGACAAUUGUUCCCAUCAUUGUUUUGCUGUUUGGAAACGUUGUCAAGCCACCAAGACCAUCAAGGCCAAGAGUUCAGAAAAAAGAGCAGUAAAGCUGCACAAUACGAUACACGUAACAGUUUCCUCAUGCUUGUCUGAAAGCCUGAGGAAGUGGUCAUUGCGGAUGGGCUAAAAUUAGCCUCGCUGUGGUUCAACCUGAAAAAUGCAUUGUGCUUUUCACUGCUUUUAAUUCUGAUGUUUUUUUGAAUUUGUUGAUUUGCCGAUUUCUCUGUUUUGAGUGAUAUUUAUGAAACUAUGAUAGUCGUUAAUGUUUCGUAGAGCUGAUUAUAAUAUAAGAAUGCAUAAUUGAAAUUGCUGAAGUUUAUUAUUAACU